GCCUCAGCCGGAGUAUAAAACCGAGCGUUGGCCAGUCUGCAAAUCAUUCCACAGCUUCUCCGCUUUCGCAUCACUGUUUGGAUAUUCGCCAAGCUCCCCACGCCCACUCACCAUGGCCUUCCAGUACCUUGCCAUCCUUGCGCUCGUUGCCGCCGCCAGCGCCGGAGUUCUGCCAGCCCAGCAGCUCUACCAUGCUGCACCUGCUCCAGCUGUGGCCUAUGCUCAUGCCCCAGUGGCAGUCGCCCAUGCGCAGCCCGUUCUGGCCAAGCACGACGAUGAGUACGACCCCCAUCCCCAGUACAAAUUCGCCUACGAUGUGCAGGACGCCCUCUCCGGCGACUCCAAGAGCCAGGUGGAGGAGCGCGAUGGCGAUGUGGUCCGCGGCGAGUACUCGCUGGUGGAUUCCGAUGGCUACAAGCGCACUGUCCAGUACACCUCUGACCCAGAGAACGGCUUCAACGCUGUGGUCAACCGUGUGCCCAUCGACCACGUGAAGGUGGUCAAGGCCGUCGCUGCCCCAGCACCUCUGCCCGUUGCCUAUCACCACUAGAUGGAUAUCCGUUUCUGUCUAAUGCCAUGUAAA